GAUGGGUGUGGGUGGUGAAAACAUUCAAGGCACUGGCAUUUUGUAAUCAACUUUGUCAAUUCUACGUUUGUACAGUUUCCAUCGCUAUUGUUUUAAAGUAAACCAUAAGAAUGAUUGGGAGAGAGGAGGAUCAUCUUUGCAUUGAUUUCAAACUAAAAGGUAGAUUUCUAUUUGGAUAGCCUGCCCACAGAGCCUUUAUAGACGGAUGCUCUCUGGUGUGGGGAUAGUGCUCCUCGUUCUGCUGGAGCUGUCCAGUCCUCGAGCCGUCUCCAGCCUGUGUCAGUGCUCUGCGCUCCAGACCAAACAGCUGAAGGUGAACUGCAGCUCCCAGAAGCUCAAAAAGGUUCCACAUGUACCAGCAAACACUGAGGAACUCCAUCUGCAGAACAAUCUUCUGACGGGUGUUCCAGUUGGGUAUUUUGACACACUGCAGAACCUGAGGAUGGUGUACCUGUCAGGGAACCGUUUUCACUGUGACUGCAGGAUUCAGUACCUGCAUACCUGGCUCCUGAGGAACCGGGCACUGGUACAAACGAUGCCCAUCUGUGCCAGUCCAGAUGCCCACGCGAACAAAGCCAUCACUGAACUGGUUGAUUCUGACUUCUCUUCCUGUAGUCCAGACCACAGUUGUCCUGGUGGUCUAUAUGACAUCAUUUUGGGAUUUAUGCUCUGUGCUCUAAUUGUGUUACUGUUUUGGAGCAUUAAGUUGGCGAAGGACUCGACGUACAUCCUUGGGAUUUAUGAGAAGCACGCUGGCUUUGAGGCAGAAUUGCUCAGGUCUCGCAAACCAAAACACAGGAUGAGGACACAGCGAGUAGAUGGGGCGAGCUCCUCAGCUUAUAUGGUGGAUGAGCUGGAGCAGCCGUUAUUUAAUAUGGAAAUACUCCCGCAAAUCGUUGAUGCUUUACACAAGAAACACAAUAUAAAGAUCAAAGUAGUAUGAAAGAACAUACAGUGUAUAUAUAUAUAUAUAUAUAAAAACAUAUGGGUAUACUGCUGGACCUAGUUUGUUGCCUUUUGCACACAGGCCUCAAUGUAAUUAUAAUUAAUUGAUACACUAGUUUUGUAUCAAUAGUUUUUUUUGACUCAGUUGCAUUAACUUUUUAAAAAAUGUUAACAAUAUUAACUGUGAAUUUGAGAGGUUUCUGCCCUCAGAAUCCACAGAAAAUGACUCCAAACGAACAAAAAUUGUUCCUGGUAACACAUUUCUUCAUUCUCUCAUCUUUAGUUAAAUAUGUAGCAUAUUUAACAACAAAUAAAAACAAUUAAAGGGACAACAAGUGUGUACGUGUACAGCUUUAAAGUUACAAACACUUGCAGAUUAAACACAUGCACACAUUGUUCCAAGCUGAACAAAGCACACACGUUGAUUUUUGGUCCAAUGACAGUCAUUCAUGUUCACCAAAGCUAAUUUCUCUCCAAUUCAUAUAUGUAGCCAUAGACCUAGUCAUGUGGAGUCCAUGGCUUACUUCCCAAUGCAUGAGUGUACAUAUUUCUAUGAAUUGUAAAUCAAUGAAAUCUUUGAAGUUA